GCUAAGCUGUUCAGCAUCCUGGAGGUUUUAGAGCCCAUAUUGAGCGGACCUCCCUGGCUUGGCUGCCCGGGUCUUCACCGACCAUCAGCGGCCUCUAUCUCCUCGGUGGGAGGGGGAGGCUUUGGGACACUGCCCCUCAUGUGUGUGUGCUCACCCUUGUGUUCGCUGGCGUGAGAACGGGAGAACCGCGCAAUGUCUGCGCCGGGGUUGACGAACCUGGACAGUACAGCGGGCUACAGCCAGAACUCAACGCCGAACGGUGGAGCUGCGCCCCCCUGUCAGAACGGUCCACUGCCGCCACUCACAUACCCCCCUACAGGCUACUAUGGCGCCCCACCUCCGAUGCAGAGCUACCCCAUCAUCCCAAGCCACGCCACCUCUGCUCCUAGCAAAGCUUUGAUCACAGGCAGUACUCACUUUUACCAACACAACCAUCAGCAGCAGCAAACACAACUCCCUCCGCAUCAAGUAGCAUCAUCUCCAUACUCUGCUCCUCCGCCUUCUCAUUCCUACCCCACCAAUCCACCUUCAAAUGCCCAAUACAACCAACAGCCGUACCACCAGCAGCAGCAAGCGCUCUAUGCUGAUCCGAGGUCCUACUAUGGUCAGCAUUCGUACACAGCUUCUCCAACGCAGCAGAAUCCCAGUUUGGUUUCACCACCAGCUGCUGGCCCAGAUGCUCCCCUCUACCCAAAUGUUUCAUACCAGUAUGGCACCCCCAUCACUUCGUCCAAGAGCAUCUCCACCCCAGGGGUCAUGUCCACCCAGAUGGGAGCGCCGUUGCAUCAGUUCAGCGCUCUGCCUCCAGCCUCAACAACAGCAGUGCAGCCAGGGUACGGCGACGGAGCUGAGCUAGCAGGAGCAAAUGUAAAUGGUAAAGGAAGCACAGCUGCAAUCCAAAACAACAUCCAUCAACACUAUGACCAAAGCCAUCAGGCUCUUCACAGCUACAACUCCUAUGGCGGGGUGACGGAAAACAGCGGAGGUGCAGGUAGAGACCGGCUGCCCUCAGGAACCCCCUCUGCCUCAACCCAUCCUUCUCCGAGCCACCAUCCAGGCCUGCAGUAUGGAUAUGUUCCUCAUAGUGGAGCUAGCUCAGCUUCUGCCACUACUUCAGGCACAACAGCAGCGCCCCCCUCGUCAUCCGGCACUGAUGAUGAUGAUGAUGAUGAGGAGGAGGAUGAGGAUGAGGAAGCAGGCGGUGACACUUCCUCCUCCAGUACUGGCAGCGCGUCUCCAGUUCCCAACAACUAUGAUUCCCUCGAAGGAGGCAGCUAUCCAGAUUCUAUGCCACCUUCCAACAACAUGACCAACCAGGCUCCGCCCUUUGGUAGCUAUAGUUACCAAAGCAUGCAGUCGGCCUAUCAGCACGGACCGGUCGCCCACCCUGACGCCUCGCCCUCACACGGCGCUUACAGUCAGCCGGGUUACCAGCAGUACUCCCAGCCUUUCCCCAACCUCUCUCAGCUCUCUGCGGCUUUGGGUGGGUUGAGUGGAGUCCCAGAGCUGGAGGUGGAGGCCCUGAGGCCGAUCAACCUCCUGCAGGAGAGAAACCUGCUCCCUUCAAGGCCUUUAGAGGCCCCUGAACCCAACCUCAGCCCUGACCUAAAGAAGGUCAACUGCAGUCCCCAGACGUUCCGGUGCACCCUGACCAGCAUUCCUCAGACCCAGGCGUUACUCAACAAGGCCCGGCUGCCAUUAGGCCUCCUCCUUCACCCCUUCAGAGAUCUGCAGCAGUUACCAGUGAUCACAUCCAACACGAUAGUGCGCUGUCGUACAUGCCGGACCUACAUUAACCCCUUUGUGACCUUCCUGGACCAACGCAGGUGGAAGUGUAACCUCUGCUAUCGGGUCAACGAUGUGCCCGAUGAGUUUAUGUACAACCCGGUGACGAGAUCAUAUGGGGAACCACACAAGAGGCCGGAGGUCCAAAACUCAACAGUGGAGUUCAUCGCUUCCUCAGACUACAUGCUGCGACCUCCACAGCCGGCGGUCUAUCUGUUUGUGCUCGACGUGUCCCACAAUGCCGUGGAGGCAGGAUACCUGAAAUACUUCUGUGAAUCACUUCUGAACAACCUUGAUAAGUUACCUGGAGAUGCACGUACUAGAGUUGGUUUCCUCACCUUUGACACCACCAUCCACUUUUACAACCUCCAGGAGGGACUGUCCCAGCCACAGAUGCUGGUGGUGUCAGACAUUGACGAUGUUUUUAUACCGUCACAUGACAGCCUGAUGGUGAACCUAAAGGAGAGCAAUGAGCUUGUGAAGGAGCUUUUGACGUCGCUGCCGGCCAUGUUCAACCAGAGCAGAGAGACUCACAGUGCCCUCGGCCCUGCCUUACAGGCAGCCUUCAAGCUGAUGUCGCCCACAGGGGGUCGCGUCACGGUAUUCCAGACUCAGCUUCCAACUCUGGGAGCAGGAAAGUUGCAGUCCAGAGAAGACCCGAACCAGCGUUCCAGCACCAAGGGAGUGCAGCACCUCAGUCCUGCCACUGAUUUUUAUAAAAAACUUGCACUGGACUGUUCAGGACAGCAGAUUGGAGUGGAUCUUUUCCUGCUCAGCUCCCAGUACGCUGACCUUUCAUCAUUAGCUUGUAUCUCCAAGUAUUCAGCCGGCAGCGUUUUUUACUACCCUUCCUUUCACCACAUCCACAACCCGGCGCAGCUGGAGAAGUUUCAGAAGGACCUUGAUCGUUACCUAACUAGAAAGAUCGGCUUUGAGGCAGUUAUGAGAAUACGAUGCACUAAAGGUCUAUCCAUCCACACAUUCCACGGUAACUUCUUUGUGCGCUCCACCGACCUGCUGUCCCUGGCUAAUGUGAACCCAGACUCUGCCUUUGCCGUCCAGAUGUCGAUCGAAGACUCUCUUGCGGACUCGUCUCUUGCCUGUUUCCAGGCUGCUCUGCUCUACACGUCCAGUAAAGGAAAGAGGCGUAUCAGAGUCCACACUCUGUGUCUGCCCGUCGUCAGUCAGCUGAGCGAUGUUUACGCCGGAGCUGAUGUUCAAGCUAUCACAUGUCUGCUGGCCAACAUGGCUAUCGACCGGUCGAUCUCAUCCAGCCUGUCAGAUGCUCGUGACGCUCUUGUGAACGCUGUCAUGGACUUUGUGAGCGCCUACAAAAGCAGCGUAUCGAACCUGCAGCAGUCUGGAGUUGUUGUUCCUGCGGCUAUGCGUCUUUUUCCGCUCUACAUUCUGGCCCUACUCAAACAGAAAGCACUACGGACGGGUACCAGCACCCGGCUGGAUGAGCGCAUCUUUGCCAUGUGUGAGUUUAAGACGCAGCCGCUGCCUCAGCUGAUGCGGAUGGUUCAUCCCGACCUUUACAGGCUGGACAACAUGUCUGACCAGGGGGCGCUCCAUCUGAAUGACGCUGUAGUUCCUCAGCCCCAACUGCUGCAUCUUUCUGCUGAGAGACUUAGCAGAGAUGGAGCCUUCCUCAUGGACUGUGGCAAUGUGUUUUAUCUAUGGAUCGGGAAAAGCUGCAACGAAUUGUUUAUCAGAGAUGUUCUGGGCUGCUCCAACUACGCUUCAAUACCUCCCAACAUGAGUCACAUUCCUGAGCUGCACACCCCUCUGUCGGAGAGAGUCCGGGCGUUUCUGGGCUGGUUGCAGGACAACAGAGCGUUUAGUUCUCCGAUCCACAUCGUCAAAGACGAUGCUUCAGCCAAGGCAACCUUGUUCCAGCACCUGGUGGAGGACCGGUCUGAGUCGGCUUCAUCCUACCAGGAGUUCCUGCAGCACAUCCAGCAGCAAACGCCUAAGUAGGCUCCCAUCAGGCUGAGAAACGGCUCAGACAUUCCAUUCCUCACACUGAAGGGAGAAGAGACUCCAGCCUGGUGUGCUGUACACUGGUGCCAGGCCAGUUUUAGGGGGGAUUCCUUUCCAUCCUUUAGAGAGACAUGGUAAAUAAAUCCACCAUGGAAGUUUAUCAGUCAGCAGUUCAACUGUCAGAAAGAAAGGAGGGAGACUUUUUAAACUGUUAGAAGGUUUUGAAUGAUCAAUAAGAAGAAGGUUUCUGCUUCAUUGAACCAUUUCAGUCCAGCGAUCCCAAGAGUUGAGCCAUGAAGAAGCCACUUCCUUAGUUCAGAUUGUUUUUGUGGAGCCUCACAUGUAGCCUGUGCUUUUCUUUUUUUUUUUUUUUUCCUUUUGUGAAAAUGUUACCCAAUCACGUUAAGUUUUACCUUUCCACCCUUUUUGAACACACUGGAGACCGUAGAACAAGAGCUCAGCAUGUGCUUGGAAAUGCUAACAGCAUGUACGGGUUUUGUCUGCUGCUGGACGACAGCCGUCUGGAGACACGAUGGGGCUGGAAGGGCUUUUUAAACCUCCGGUCUUCUCUAAUCCGCUGACUGGAUUCUGGAUUCAUCAAACAUGAACUUUCACCCGUCUGCAAGUUUCUUCAUGGUGAUUUUAUUUUUUCAGGCGCUACAGUCGAUAUCCACUUUGUAACUACUGAAAAAAAAAACAAAUCUUUUAUGUGUAUAAUUUAUGAACCAGCUUGUUAAAUAAAAACAUAAA